AUAUAAAUAUAUGCUUCUUCCAACCACACAAAUUUUGUGUUUCUAUGAGAUUAUUCUCAUCAGUUCUUUGACACGACGACGUUUGGGGACAACUCUUAGAUGCAAAACCCUAAAUCAAGACCUAAGUACUUCUGAAUUAUAUAUCAAAUCAUAAAAACUAGAAGAUCGAUCACGUGAUCGUUUAAGAUCAUGGAAGAACCUGUUUUUGCAAUGGAACGUAGCUUUAAAAGAAGGUUAAUGGAAGCACAAACCACCGUCGUUAAUGGUAAUGUUGGUUGCGACGUUGGUGGUCAAAUGAGAAAAGUCCAUGUUGUCUAUUUCCUAUGCCACAAUGGGCGCAUCGAAGAACCACAUCUCUUUCGUGUCCAUCAUCACUCUCGUAAUGGCGUACACUUACGAGAUGUUAAGAGGUGGCUUGUGGAGCUAAGAGGAAAAGACAUGCCAGAGAGUUUCGCUUGGUCAUACAAGAGAAGGUACAAAGAAGGGUAUGUUUGGCAAGACCUAUUGAAUGACGACCUCAUUACCCCAAUUUGUGACAAUGAAUAUGUUCUCAAAGGAUCAGAGAUUUCCUCAACAACAUUAAACAAUGACAUUGAUUCAUACAAAGGGGAAGAAGUCUUUGAGUUAAAAACAUCACCACCAUUUGAAGGCAAUACAAAAGAUCCAAAAUAUCCUUCAACAAGAAAAGAAUAUUUUAUAGAUUUCUCAACAAAUACAUCCAUUGAAAAUGAAGAAUCUUCAUUUGGCUCCAAUGUUUCAACCGAAGACACAACAAAGAAUCAAGAUGCAAACAAAGACAAAGAAGUUAUACAAAUCCAAGACGACGAGAACGAGAAUAAAUCCUUUCACGAAACGUUAUUGAACGAUAAUACGAAUGAUAAUAAUAACAACAACAAUACUAAUAAGAGCAAGAAAGGUGGUGAUACAAGUGAAACUUGUUGUUUUAAGCCUCCUCAAGCACCAACUUACUCAUUUAGGAAAUCAGGUCGAACGUCACGCAUGUUUCGAAACUGGAUCACUUGUGGGAACGCUAACACCCACGAGAAGGCGGUUGUGAGGAUUAAUAAAAGAAAUGGUAUCGUAAGUUCGGUUUCUGAGAUGAAUGGUAAAGAAUAUAACAUGGGGCAAAUAUGUAAAGAACAGAAGUCGAGGGGCUUUGAGAAAAGAUUUGACGCGAAUGAUGGAUCAAAGAAGAGUAAGAAGGAGGAUUCCAAUAGCGUGAAAUCAUUUGGAGCUGGUUAUAAGCCUAUCAGUGGUCCGAAUUGCUCUGUGGGAGACAGUUCAAUCCAGAGAAGCUUCAUAACCACAUGAAAUACUGUAGAGGAAUGAAGGCAAUGGCCAAAUCUACCAAUUCAAGACUUAAACCAAAGACAACAAGAUCACAUUCACCUUCUUCAGUACCUAUGGAUACCUUUUUCUUGACAAAUAAUUGAACACUUUAGUUACCAAAAACUGCAUUUGUAUAAAAUCAAAAGAAAGCAUAUGUAUACAGAAUUUUUCAAUUAACUGCUUUGGUCAUCAUUCUUUA